UGUUUAAAGUUCUAUCAGCUGUGCAGAAUAUUAGUAUACAAGCUGGGAUAUGGCUUUCAUUUCUAACAACUAACUGCAAUUAUAAAAUUAAAAUUGUUCACAAUUAGUUGUGUUCUUGACGUAAUUAAGAAUGUUGACUACAAAAAUUAAUAAGGUUGGAAAAGUAUUGAUUUGUGGCAUGAAAGGGGUUGGUAAGACUGCACUAUUGGAGCAACUUAUUUAUGGCAAUAUAAAUGUAGAUUCGGAAAUUCAUUCUACCAUUGAGGAUAUAUACGUGGCAAGCGUCGAUACUGGUCGCGGCACUCGAGAAACUCUUCGAAUUUAUGACACAGCAGGCUUACAGGGCAAAGCGCAGCUUGCACGACAUUAUUUAUAUUUUCCCGAUGGCUAUGUUUUAGUUUAUGAUCCAUCUGAUCCCAGCAGUUUAGACAUGUUAGCAGACAUAAAAAUCGAUAUAGACAAAAAUAAAGAAAAAAAAGAAGUUCCUAUAAUUGUGUUGGCAAAUAUGAGGGCACGUAGUCGUAAAGAAUCGUCAGUAUUGCCGUCACAGCAGCUAAACUCUGUUGAAUCAAUAUUAAAUCGGGCCAAUACUUGGUGUUCACGUGAACGAAUUAAACAUUAUACUGUUAAUGCUAUGGAGAGGCCUUCUCUGUACGAACCAUUUAUAACACUAUGUGCUAGAUUACAUCCACCACCGACGAAGACUUCAUUCCCACAAUUCAGACAAGUAAUGCAAAAAACGCAAAAAAGUGACGUCUGAUUGAAACUGAAUCAGAUAUACAUUUAAGUCAUGCAUACAUAUUUAAUAACUGCAAUGUUUAAAGCUUGUGGUUGAAGUACUUAACUAUUUUAUAUAUUAUUUAUUAAUCUAAAAUUAACGCAACUCUUGUAUAUGAGGCUUAGGAUAAAGCAAACAAUGUCAAUAGGAUAAUUAAAAGGUAUAAGGCUUGUCUUCCAGUACAUUUACAAAAAUGAAAUAAAAUUAUUUAUUUAUUUAAAACAGUAUUUAAAAAAUUUUAU